CAAUUAACACUGAAAGUUAGUUCUUUGAAAAGAUCGCUAUGAACACUUUACGUAUAUGUGGUUAAUAAUUUAGGCUGGUAAAAUUUCUAUCUUCUAGAUAGGGAUGCAAAGUGUAGAUACAGUGUCCAUCUUCCAAAGGCUUCAUGGCAUAGAGCAUAUAAUGUGUGUGCUUCAAGUAACAAGACACUGGUGACACUGACAUCACUUACUGAGAUGUACUACAUACAACUAGUUCUGGAAGAAGUUGAUGAAUUGCUCGGAAAUUAUUCCAGUUUUAACUACUCAGAAGGCCUAUGGGUUGGUGCUUUUUUGAGGUCUUCUAAUAAUGAGAUUAUGCUAGAAAAUUGUGAUCAUCUUGAUUCCGAUAUUCCGGUAAAUAUAACUGGUAUAAGCCCCGAUGGUAUGUUUUGUCUUUACUACAAUCCAGUCGAGCAGAAGCUUGUCACCGAAAACUGUACUUCAGCAAAAAUGUUUAUAUGCGAAAAGGAUGAUGAAGAUUUUGAAGAAUGCAUGAUCAAUUCAUCAUUAUCAGCAUUGCGAUUUCAAAGUCAAUUGUGCUCUGAUGAGGAGAAAAAAAAUUUAAGUCUAAAAGGUUGUGAAGAAAUGUGUUUAGAGAAUACAAGAUGUUACACAUUUACACACCAAGAUAAAGAUAAAGAAUGUAAGCUGUACAAGUAUGAUGAUAAGAAAUCUUGUUCCCCAAGAAAUCCUCUGCCAUUUUGCAGAUACAAAAGUAUUUUUCUAAACAGCAGUGAGGGGUACGCCACAUCAGAGGACUUUCCGCUUGAUCAAUGGUGUCCAGAAGUGACUCGGAAAGUGAUUCAAGAGAAGAUCGCUAAUAUGCAGAAAAAUCUGACUAUCAAUCGAAAAGAAACGAAUCAGUACAUCCGCACUUUGACAAGUGCCCCAGAUGAGAGGACCUCUUCAAAGAAUAUCGGAGUCCUUGGGGCUUUUGUAAUAGGUGCAGUGGGCAGCAUAUUUAUCCUCUCCGACUGCAUAAAUCUUAUCAAAUGGAUACAAAAUAAUCGUGUACGCGCCAGAAAUUUUUGACUUUUUUAAGGAAAACUGGAUGUAGAGCUGCACUAUAUGCCCUUGUGACUUUCCUGUGUCAUUUACAGAUACAUAUAAAAAGACAAGAUCAUUUUAACCGAUAUAUAUUGCUGACAAUCUUUGGAUUGCAUUGUCUGCUUACGAUAUAUGUAACAAGAUGGUAUUUUAAUAUAUGUACAAGUCAUAUUACAAUGUAAACAUCUAUACAUUUUUAUUUCUUAUAUUUGAAUUGUGCCUUUAGUUUUAAUCUUCAAAUUUUUAAAACAGAGUUUUCUGUUUGAAUGCUUGAAAUAUAUGAAUUCACAAAAUCAAAGAAAAUAAUUAAACAUGUUAACAAACUUCAUUAAGCCAUUAUUAUUCAAAUUAUGCACACUUACGUGAAGGUAUAAUACACAAGAGAUUGAAAAAAGAAAUGUAUUAAGAUCCUCCUCUACUACCUGAGCAAACUUCCAUUAGAUGCAUGUUUGUUGCUGUCAUUUUUCGCAUAUAGGUGAAUAUUUUUUUUAAUAGUUAAUUGAAUAAUCAUUCAAAAUGAAUUUUAUUAAAUAAAUCAGAUCUUCAGAGACAGCCAGAGGUUUAAAAAGUGCAUUAUGAUUUUUUUCCUUUCAUUUAUGCAAAACUAUCUUUAUUUGAUCUAUAUUUUCCAUAUAUUAAAGAUACUAGUAGUUAAAGGGUUAUCAUGAAUAAAUAUUUACAUUAUUUUAGUUUUAUUUGUAGUCUAAUUUCUGAUUGGUUAAAAUCCAAAAGAAACUAAAAUCCGUAUUCCUUGGUUUGGUAUAAGAUAAUCCCUCCCCUAAAUACAAACUGAAUCAUCUUUAUCUAUUCAAUCCUCUCAUUGCCAGUUCACAGAAUUCUUGAACAUUUCCAGAUUUAAUAUUUACAUCCCUACUUUCAAACAAUAAAUCGAACUUAUCAUGUUUUAACAAUUAACAUGGAUUCUACGCUAUCUAUAUCUGAUUAUAGAUCCUUUCAAUUCCCAUCAUUUCUGUUUUUUACAGCUGUAAAGUGAACAGGAUUUCUGAAACUAUUCAUAAUCUACACCAAGAUGUGUUUAAUGACUCUAAAAUUAAAAUAUAGGGAAUGACUUCAAUUCUUUGCCAAAUCAUUAUACAUGUAGUACAACACGGUUUA